UGUAAAUAAAAUAUUUAUCCCAAUUGCUUCGGGAUUCAUUGAAAAUUUCGUCAAAUUUCACACAGUCCCACAGUGAAAGCUGACAGUCCUUUCAAGUUUCAGUUACCAAAUAAUUGCAUCCUCUCAACUGAAUUGAAGUUUCAAUCUUUCAAUUCUAUCAAUUACAAAGUAGAAAAAGAUAGUUAACUGCAUUUUUGUGACAGCUGGCUAUGAAAGUCCGUCCAGCGAAGCCUCAAUUUUUCAAGCCUAUUCUGCCAGGCUUCAAACGCGCUCUGAAAAUUCCUAAAGGUUUUCUGAAGUAUCUAAAGGGACAUGAGCAUGAACAUGCAGUACUGAGAAGGGGUAGUAAGAAGUGGCUGGUGAAGCUGAAUGGCCAGCGACUGGAAGAGGGUUGGGAAAAGUUUGCAGAAGAGCAUGAUUUACGGUUAGGAGAUUUAUUGAUUUUCAGACAUGAAGGAGAGAUGGAGUUUGAGGUUACCAUCUUUGAUUCAAGUCACUGUGACAGAGAGUAUGCGGAGUAUUUGCAAGACGAAGAAGAAGCGCAUACUGUUAAAGAUCCUUCCAAGAAAUUUGAAAUCAAAGAUCUGAGAAAAAAUGCAUCAUUCCAGCCCGAGGGAAAGAAGACUAAUUCGGAUACUGAAAGAGUUUCCACUCCAGGAAAACCGAAGUCCAACAUCAUAUCAUCAUGCAAGGCUGUUCCCAAUGUAGAAGCUGCUAAGAAUUUGCAUCUUGGUCAUCCUCAUUUCAUUUGUACCAUGAAACCCUAUUACCUUUCAAAGUGCUUUCUGCGUGUUCCUAGCCCAUUCGCACGACAACAUGGUCUCAGAGACAGGAAAUGUACGAUAAUGAUAAGAGAUGAGCAAAGGUCAUGGACAUUUACGCUAUAUUCAUGUGGCAUAGUCACCUACAUUGGAGGUGGAUGGCAUGACUUCUGCAUUGCAAAUUGCUUAGAGGAAGGAGAUCGAGUAAUGUUUGGGAUAGUUGCCAAUGGAGAGAAGCCUAUAUUGAAGUUUUACGAUCUGAGAGACAAUGCAUCAUUACGGCCCCAAGGAAAGAAGACUAAUUCGGAUACUGAAAGAGUUUCCCCUCAAGGAAAACCAAAGUCCAACAUCAUAUCAUCAUGCAAGGCUGUUCCCAAUGUAGAAGCUGCUAAGGACUUGCAUCUUGGUCAUCCUCAUUUCAUUUGUACCAUGAAACCCUAUUACCUUUCAAAGUGCUUUCUGCAUGUUCCUAGCGCAUUCGCACGACAACAUGGUCUCAGAGACAGGAAAUGUGCGAUAAUGGUUAGAGACGAGCAAAGGUCAUGGACAUUUACGCUAUAUUCAUGUGGCAGAUUCACCUUCAUUGGAGGUGGAUGGCGUGAGUUCUGCGUUGCUAAUUGCUUAAAAGGAGGUGAUCGAGUAAUGUUUGAGAUAGUAGCCAAUGGAGAGAAGCCUAUAUUGAAGUUCCACGAUCUGAGAGGAAAUGCAUCACUUCAGCCCGAAGGAAAGAAGAUCGAUUUGGAUGGUAAAAGUGUUUCCACUCAAGGAAUAACAGGCCUUAAGAUUCAUACCUCAAAAGUGACUGCUCCAAAAGCACAAGUACCUGCUUCAACAUCUGUUGAUGAUGCUAAUGCUAACACGACAUUGGUCUAAACAAUGUGAUAAACUUGAGCAGUAUCUUCCAUUGGCUUUUGUAAAAUCAGAUGGCUUGAUGAAUAGACGUUGUGAGAUAAUUCUCGAAGUUCAACUAGGGCCAAUGACAAAUCAUGUUUGGAGUAACAGGGGAUGGCAACAGUUCAGAGAAGCAAAUGAUGUCCAAGUAGGAGAUACUUAUAAGUUUGAACUCAUCAACAACGUAAAAGUGCCCGUGGUGUAUUUCCGUUGUAAAUAUUCUGGGAAGGAUGCCAAGCAAAGCCCUUGACAAGUUAGUGAAGCAGUUGGUGAUGGGCAAGGAAAGGAAAACUGAAGAAUAUGAUGUUCUUGGAUUUACUACUUGUUGCCUAAUCUCAACAGAAGAUUUAGUUUUUUUGUUCUUCAAAAGCCAACCCUUUUUUUAUAUGCUGUAUUAUAUUUGCUUCAGUUGCCUUUCAUUUGAUUUGACAUGUACAUGUUUCUUCAAAAUUGUAGUUGUAUUCAAUGAUGGUAUAGUUGUCUUGUAAUUUAACCGA